AUGUCGACCCAAACUGUCCCCGAACGCUCAACGACACCAGAGCCUCAUAGACAGGAUGGCUAUCCCAAAAAUGCAACAACAACUCAUCUGCUUCCAGGUCAUCUCUCCUCCUCGUCCCCCGUCGCCACACGGUUGAACCUCCCCAUCCUCGCCGCGCUGCUCCUGACAUGUGCCCCGACCAUCUGCCUCUAUGCUGUCGAGCAACGCCGCAGGUCCCACCAGCAGCCAACAGACCUGAGCAUCCUGGUCUGGACCUACAUCCUCGCGGGCACGGUGGGCAUCACCGUCGCGAUGCUCGCGCAAGCCGUGCUCGCCUACCUGCUCGCCCUGCUCUGCUUCCACGGCCUCCCCGACGACGCCAUGUCGUAUCUCGCCGAGACGGCCAAAACUGAGCACGACAUCACCGACGACGCCCACCGGCAACGACGCCGCGCCAUGGCCCGUCGCCGCGGGUACUGGGCAUUCAUGCUGCUCUUCUCCUUCGUGGCCGCGGGCCUGGUCGAGGAGGGCAUCAAGUACGUGACGGUCACGGCCAUGCUGGCUCUUCUGGCACGGCGAUCCUCGACCAGCACACCGCGUGACUCUAUCGCCGUCGCCGUCUCCGCAGCGCUGGGCUUCGCCACGGUGGAAAACUGCGCCUUCAUAUCCGCUGCGACCCGCCGGUCCAACAAGGGUCGCGGUGCCGCGCCCAAGGACGCCAUGUUCGCCCUGCUGACGGCUAUGGAGAGGGUGGUGCUGGGCAUCCCCGGCCACGCGAUGACCGCCACCCUGAUCGGAAUCAACAUGAAGCUCAUGCGGGACGACCAUGACCAUUUCCACAGAGGACACACCUCCACCACCUCCUCCUCCUCCUCCUCAACAAUGAACAGCGCGUGGCUGGUCCUGCGCGACCCGGUCCUGUUCCACGGCUGCUUCGACUUCAUGCUGUUCGCCGUCAGCGCCCUCGAGGGCAACGUCGGCUGGGUGCACCCACGCCGCCCGCGCACCGUGGGUGUCGUCCUCGCCCUCGCCGUGGGGCUGCAGGCGACGCUGGCGUCCGUGCUCAGGGCGAGGCUGUGCCGGGUCGGACUCUGUGCUGCUGAGUCGUCGUCCAUUGGUUGGUGA